UAUUGUAAUUCUACCAGAAGAGACAAUGACUGUUGUAUUGCUUCUUGAGCAUUUCACUGUAGAUGUGGGCCAAAUACCCGUAGAAUGGCGAUCAUCUUCUGUAUCAUUUAUUCUCUUAUCAGGGAUCUCCAUAUCCAUAAACCACCUAGGGUUUUUAGUAGUGCUUCCUUCUAUUGAAGAAUAUUUUGCAUUGCCUCAUGCAAUUUCUGUGGGAAUUUGCUAAUUUUAAUUAUAUCUCAGGAAUCAGGAUUGUACCUUUAUAGAAAAUUGAGAAAAUGGGGAUGGGAGUGUUGAUUUCAGUACAGUAUGGCCUAAAAAACUCCUUUCGAUCUGUUAUGCAUGCUCUUCAUCUCAUUAAAUAUUCAAUCAAGCAUUUCAGUUUUAAUUUAUCCGCAGAUUACUUUGUGAUCUUUAUGGUCUUGUUUGUUACAAUCAAUUCUAUUUAACUCAUCUAAUCUUAAUUAUGUCUCAGCAAAUGAUUUAUUACAAGAGUUUGUUUGGACCAAUAAAACUUCAUGUUCAUCUUUUGUGGUAUGGGACUGGCUCAGUAGACCUAUUUUUUCUUAGUUAAUAAGUCAUGGUACUCCUGUUUUCUGAUAUCAUGAACCAUGAAAAUGAUAUUUAUGCUCAGUCUUAGUGUAUAAAAAUGUUAUAUGAAGAAGAUAAAAGUUGGAUUAUACCUAUUAUGCGACAUUUAUUAUUCUACUGUAUUGCAUCUUGUUUGGUCACUAUUAUUCUGAGAAGAAAGGGCUAUUAUAGAUUGAGAGUUUUCAUUCCUUUGAAAAUGUAGGUUAGAACAUUAUGUGAGAAGGCUAAGGAGAUACUCAUGCAGGAAAGCAAUGUCCAGCCUGUGAAAAGUCCUGUGACAAUUUGUGGUGAUAUUCAUGGACAAUUUCAUGACCUUGCUGAACUAUUCCGCAUUGGAGGGAAGUGUCCGGACACAAACUAUCUAUUUAUGGGAGAUUAUGUUGAUCGUGGUUACUAUUCAGUUGAAACAGUUACUCUACUAGUGGCAUUGAAAGUGCGCUAUCCUCAACGUAUCACAAUUCUUAGAGGAAAUCAUGAAAGCAGACAGAUCACUCAAGUCUAUGGGUUUUAUGAUGAAUGUCUGAGGAAGUAUGGGAGUGCCAAUGUUUGGAAGACAUUCACUGACCUAUUUGACUAUUUUCCUUUGACCGCUUUGGUCGAAUCAGAAAUCUUUUGUCUGCAUGGUGGAUUAUCCCCAUCCAUUGAAACCCUUGAUAACAUUAGAAACUUCGAUCGUGUUCAAGAAGUUCCACAUGAAGGUCCCAUGUGUGAUCUGUUGUGGUCUGAUCCUGAUGAUCGUUGUGGUUGGGGCAUAUCCCCACGUGGUGCUGGAUAUACUUUUGGCCAGGACAUCUCGGAGCAAUUCAACCACACUAACAAUUUAAAGCUAAUUGCUAGAGCCCAUCAACUGGUCAUGGAGGGAUAUAACUGGGCACAUGAACAAAAAGUCGUCACUAUUUUCAGCGCACCUAAUUAUUGCUACCGCUGUGGAAAUAUGGCAUCCAUUUUGGAAGUUGAUGAUUGCAGGGAGCAUACAUUUAUCCAGUUUGAGCCAGCUCCGAGGAGAGGGGAACCCGAUGUGACCCGGAGAACGCCUGAUUAUUUCUUGUAGACAUGAGAGUCCAAUUUAAGGUGCGCGUGCGCAGGGAGGGGCCAUUCGUCGACAUCCGAGUUUCAAAGAGGCUUGAUAGUAAUACACAAGGUCGUUUAGUUGUGGCAAGUUGUUGGCUUAGUCAUGAAUAUGAUGAUGCUUCUGUUUGUUAUCUUCUGUAAUUUUCUUUUUCAAUAUUCUGUUGUUUUUCUAUUAAUGAUUUUAUUUUGUCUUUUGUUUUCCUUUGUUCCCCUAAUUAUUGCCAUUCGGUAGAGACACACAUACAGGAGUCCUGUAUAACAGUAUAAGAAAGGAGAUUUCUCUUAGUUUCUUUUUCUCA